GUGAGAGCAAGCAAUUAUUAGAGCCACUGUCCGAUCGACGCCGCAGUGGUUGAUGACGAGCCUUCCGUUCGCGCGGUUCAGGUCGCACAGCCUGACCUGCACAACUUACCUCUCGCCACCACACUCUCUCCGCAGACAUGGCAUCGUCUGAGCUGCUCAAGCAAAUUCAGGCCGGGAAGAGGCUCAAGCCCGCUCAGACACAUGAUCGCAGCGCUCCUAUUAUUGAGGCACCCAAGGGGGGAGGUGCAGGAGGGAGGUCUACAAAUGCAGGAGGGGCGUCGUCCGCGCCGGUGCUCCCGUUGGCGGGAGGCCCUCCCCAGCUGGGUGCUCUAUUCGCUGGUGGCAUGCCAAAGUUGAAGCAUGUCGGCCAAAGCAGUACAGGCAAACCUCCGACACUAGGAAAACCGCCGUCGAUACCCAAACGCAACGGCGCAUCUCCUGCGCCUCCAAUACCACCGCCAGCACCGCCGGCAUUUGCUCACCCUGCACCUCCGGUCCCGCCCAAUAGACCCGCACCAGCACGACCGCCCGCCCCACCUCCCCCAGCUCCCACAAGCCGCCCUGCGCCUAGUUUACCAGCGAGAUCUGCCCCAGCGCCGCCUGUACAUACACCAGCGCCCCCAGCGCCCCCUCGUAGACCUCAUUCUCACACGAAUGGCACGCCAUCCCUUGCGCCUCCAGCCCUACCGGCUCGAAGCUCCUCUGCCACAUCUCUUCGCUCAGUUCCCGACAUCCCGCGGCCUCCCUCGUCUGCAGCACCUCCUGCGAUACCACAUCGUAAGGUCCCACACCCGCACACAGGAAGAGUCCCUCCUCCGCCCCCCGCAAGACCUUCCAGUAUGGCUGCUCACGCACAUUCCGCUGCCCUAGGGCGUGCUGUUCCUCCGCCGCCGCCCGCGCGAAGGCCGAUCAGCGUUGCUGCCCCUCCUCCGCCUCCAACUCGAGUGAAAUCACUGACAGAGGAAGCGCGCCGAGAAACGCCUUCUCCGCCUCCAACACCUCCGGGACCGCCUCCUGCACGGCAUACCCCUGCCCCGCCUGCACCUCCUCCAGCGCGACAUGCUCCUGCUGCACCUGCGGCACCACCGCCUCCUCCUCCUGGCCCAUCUCCAGCUCGGCAUCCCAGCAUGCCCUCUGCACCCCCUCCACCCCCGCCUGGACCCCCGCCUGUAAGACCACGGACGGUGUCAUCACCAGGUGCUCCGCCGCCUUCGAUCGCAGCAGGCCGAACAUCGUCUACUUUUGCGUCUGCGUCGUCUGCGUUGUCCGCUGUUUUGACAUCAUCCGCUCCUCCCAUGGUCAAUGGGAACGGAUCUGCGGCACCGAGCCGUCGGAAGAUUCCUGACCCGCCGCCGAUGACAGGCAUGCAUUCCUUCCCUGUGUCUGACUUCCCUCCGCCGCGGCCGUUCAAUCGGGCGCCGAAACGGUAUGGAGGAGGGCGACAAAAAGGGAGCGAUUUUGACCUCGGACUGCUAUGA